CUGAACUUAAGCAAUUUUUCGCAGGAAUAUAAAAUUAUCGUUUGUAUCAUUUAAUGGAGGUCCUUUUUUUAAAUUGUAAUUUACAAUAAAGAAGUCAAAACAUAAUGCAUGUUCACGUAAAAUAUGACCCUGUCUUGUGGAAAAAAUGGACCCUGUUUAAUUCGAUUUCAAAAAGGGCUGGAUUAAUAAACCUUUCUUUCCCGUUUUUUUUAGGAUCCUUUAAAACGAUGUUUUCAUCAUUUUUUAAAUAUUUAUUUCAUAGAGCACUGAGUAUAUGGUUUACAUAUUCGAAAUUUCAAAAACAGAAUAUUAAUGAAUAUUCCUUAGAAAAGAAAUAAACGAAUGUGAUUAUUGAAUAAAGAAUAUAUUAUGUAAUUAAUCGCAUUUAGAACCCUCUCUCAAUCGUUUUGAUCCCACUUUCCCAAUCAAAUUUUAAUUAUUCGAGAGAAAAAAAAUUUAAAGUGAAAAAUGUAUAAGCACUAGCCAUAUUGGAAAAUGUUGGUGAUAGUUGUAGCGAGAUAGCUGAAGUUAUUUACGCGACGUCGUCUUUUUCAGUAGACAAGCUCAAUCUUAUAUUUUGUUAAUAAUGGAAUUAUACUCCAGUGUGUGAUGAAAUCCCCGUGUUAAAAACCAAUCCACAGGUCACCAAUCAAAUAACAGAUCCACGAUGAUUGACAGCUCACGGUGUUAUCACUCGACGCCGGGGGCGGAGCCAAUUAUUUAAAUCUUCACGUAGAUAUCCAAUUUUCUCCCUGAUAUUUGCAUACGUUAUAAAGUAAAUUUUAUCUCUUAUUCACAAGACUUUUAAAAAACUCUCGCCUAAGAUUCACUCACACGGAGAGAAAGGCACAAUAUACAUAAUCCAAAACUUUCUCCAUAAGAAAAAUCAUCCUUGGCUGGGAACAAAAAGAGGCAACACAUAUUCCGAGAACGAAGUUUAUCCGUAUGUUACAUGGGGACUGGUUGAAAGUCCGGAGCCAAAUAGAAGCGACUGGAGGGACCGUGAGACGAAAUAUAAACUCUUCUUCGUGCCUAAUCGCGAGUCUGUGACACGUUUCUGCUGGAGUUUCAUUUACACAUCUGCAGGAGCUGAAAAGCACGAACCUGUGUGUAUUCUUCGGGUUUUUAACAAUAACGCCAUACUUCUACUAUUACUGCCAGAAUCUUAACCGUGCGUGAUAAUUUUCCGUUUUAAUCCGCAAGCCACUAAUUCCUUGCCCUAACUUUUUGACUUGUUUCCCUGCAAUCACAGAAACGGAAAUCAUGACGUAAAAUUAAUUUGAAGGAUUUUCCAGGUCACGUGAUUUUGCUGCAGAGAUGAAUCCCUUUUUCGUUGGCGUGAUAUGAAGUGCAAAUCCAAGACGGCCGCCCGAACAAGACGCGAGAAAGAAAAUGCCGAGUUCUAUGAACUGGCGAAGUUACUCCCCCUGCCGUCCGCCAUAACCAGCCAACUGGACAAGGCCUCCAUCAUACGGCUAUGUACCAGUUACCUCAAAAUGAGGACGGUAUUUCCCGACGGACUGGGAGACGGGUGGGGUCAAAGGUCACCGCCCCGGACCCUGCUGGAAAAAGAGCUUGGAUCUCAUCUUCUUCAGACAUUGGAUGGCUUUAUCUUUGUCGUUGCCCCUGACGGGAAGAUAAUGUAUAUUUCGGAGACUGCAUCCGUACACCUGGGCCUAUCACAGGUAGAACUGACAGGCAACAGUAUUUAUGAGUAUGUUCACCCGGCAGAUCAUGAUGAAAUGACUGCGGUGCUCAAUUUUCACUCCUCCCCCUACCCAUGCUGUUAUAAAGAGUUUGAAGUUGAGCGCUCAUUUUUCAUACGCAUGAAAUGUGUACUUGCCAAAAGAAACGCUGGUCUUACCUCCGGUGGAUACAAGGUUAUUCACUGCGGAGGCUAUUUGAAAAUCAAACAAUUCAACAUGGAGAUGUCCCCUUACGAGGGAUGCCAACAAAAUGUCGGACUAGUCGCUAUUGGACAUUCACUUCCUCCCAGUGCCAUAACGGAAAUGAAGAUGUUUAGCAACAUGUUCAUGUUUCGUGCAAGCCUCGAUUUGAAACUCAUUUUCCUUGAUGCGAGGGUCGCUCAGUUGACGGGUUAUGAACCACAGGAUCUGAUUGAGAGGACCUUGUAUCAGUAUAUUCACGCCUGUGACAUCGUGCACAUGAAAUUUGCUCAUCAUACUCUUUUAUUGAAAGGACAAGUCACCACGAAGUAUUACCGCUUUCUCGCCAAAGAUGGAGGAUGGGUCUGGAUACAGAGCUACGCAACAAUUGUACAUAACAGUAGAUCCUCCCGCCCUCACUGCAUCGUCAGCGUAAACUACGUUCUAAGUGAUGUAGAAGCAAGAGGUCUUCAAAUCCAACUCGAACAAACCGUUCAGAAAGACCUGUCACCCUUCUCCACAUUAUCGGGAAGAUCGCCUGGAAAAUCCAGGUCGACGAAAUCCAAGCAUCGACGGUCUCCUUACUCCCAAAGCACAAGCAAUCAGGAAUUUCCAACUGAAUACGAAAUGGUUCCAGAAAUGUCUUCAAGCGACUUUUGCCAAAUCAUACAACCCAAUACACAUUACGAAGAUCCCAUGAGGAAAUUCGAACCCCUUUAUGGACCUGCGUACCCUGGUGUAUUUCAUCCCGAUUACUUCCCUCAUUUUCCUUAUCAUUCAUCAACUCAGUCAUUUGCAGACGAAAACCUUCAAUGUAAAGUAGAAUCGGAGAAAUUUUACCCGUACAAAAACAUGGACCAUCUUUCGUCUUGUAUGAAAUCAUCUAGUCCUAAACUAACUCAUAUAGAUGCUUCAACUGAAGGCAAAACGAAUGUUUCGCCUCGUUUUGAAUAUAGAUCUGCAGGCCCGUGCUCACGUAGCAGCAGCCGUGAUGCUGUAUCCGGUUAUCCAUACAGCAACCAAUCAGAAUCCUCCACGUCAGAAAUUGACGUUGGUAACGAAGAUAUCGAAAAACGUUCGUCUUUUCAACAAAAUCAUGAUACCGGUCAAAAUCAAAUCAAAGAGGAACAAUCACCGAAAGCUUUCCCGGCAACUGACAAUCAUACACAGUCACGUGGCGUUCAACAAUCUGUGAUCAUGCGUCAUAGGCCGAAUAUCGAGGCCGAUGUUAUUCAAGACUCGCAACAAAAAUCCAUUCACAGCCAGGUCAAAUUCGCAAAUCCCGAACUUGGACCAGAGCACCACUUUCGGAGUCCACUAUUUAACGAGAAUGGCAUUGGAAUGGAUGUUCAUACUAUACAAGAUAGAAAUAUUAAUGCUCAAGAUAUCUAUUCGCAAUGUAUACGUGCUUCAUGUGCAUAUAAUUCAUACAAUAGUCCCACAGAGUAUUGUCAAAAUCCGAUCCCGACCCAAAAACAUUUUCCCCCUGUUCCGCAGCCGGGCUAUGCUAGUGUCAUUGUGGACACUCAACAAUAUCAUUUGGCGAACGGUUAUGUACAUUAAUGUAAUUCUGUUGUGUUUUUACCGUUUUUUCCCUUUUAAUUUGUCCGUUUUGUAAUUCAAAUGAUUAAUAUAAGAAACACCUAAUUAUUUCAACCCCAAGAAAUAUUUUUUUAUUUUUUUUUCAAAUUAUUCAACAUUUGUCUAAUACACUCAGCAAAACACCUUAAUUGAGGGAACGCAUGUUUGAAAAUAUCCAAGUUUGAAAGUUUGACAUGUAGCCUUUUGUACAAUUUUAAACAAGAAAAUAUCAAGAAUCAUUUAUUCAGUACUGUAUUAAAGAAAUUGCAUGGACAUAUUAAGAUGAUACAUUAACUAAAUGCAUUCAUAUAUAAUCGGAAAUACUCUUCUUAAUCAGAUGGACCGGUAUUGUCAACACCAUCCGUUUACUGAUAAAAUAAGUAACGGGUUUUAUAUAUUUGAAAGUUAACAUGCAGAAAAAAAUCUUAUUUUCAAAUUUGUUUUGAUUUGGUCUCCUUGCCAAUCAAUUGGGGAAAGUAUAAUUAUCUUUGUAAAAGAUGCAUAUAGUUAGACUAGCUUAUGAUAAUGUAAUUAUAUUACAUUCAAAAUUUAGAAACAAAAAUCCAUCAUGAUUGUAUGGUGAAAUAUUUUAUUAUGAAAUAUCUUUUUACUUGAAAUGAGCAUAUGUAUUUUCUUCAAUUCAAAUUUUACGACAAAUUUGUACAUGAGAAUAUGUUUAUGAAAUACACGGCAUGUAUUUUACUUUGUGAACAUUAUAUAAGGGAACAUUUUCGAACUUAGUUUUUUUUCUCAGUAUGAUAAUUUAUGAUACUAGACCUAGGAUUUUAGACAGGGUUUGAUUCUGUUGUUCUGUUGCCAUAAUAAAAAAUACUGAUGUUGAAAAAGUU